AGUGGCUGGGCCAGACUGGCAUCAGGGUCACAGUAAAUCUGCAGGGAGAGGGUAAGAAAGGAAAAAGGGUCAACAACAAUAACAGGUGAGAAAGAGGCAAGAGAGAGAGAGCGAGAGAGAACAGUAGUAGGAGGCAAAACAGCUCACCCCUCCCUUGCCCUCAUAGUCUCCUCCCGUGUGCAAUAGACUGGAGGGAGGUGCUCAGCUAGGAACAGGGAGAGAGACACCAACUCUGAGGAAGAGGACGCACACACAAUAUGAGAGACAUGGGAGUCUGAUCAGAGCUGGGAUGGGUCAUUCUGUACUGUAGUUUGCUCUGCAGACCUGUUUCUGGAGGGAAACAGAGGGGCUGGACACAGGAGACGGACACAGGAAUUCCAGGUCACAAGGGCUCCUGUGGCAGAGCACAGUCUUGUCUGGGCUGGUAUUCCAACCUCUACCCUCACGGUCAUGAGUGUGACAGACAUAGUGUAGGACCAGGGAAUGAAUAAUUCUAUUAAGAAAAGGAGAGUGGUAAGUUAAAUAUUAGGGCAACUAAGAGGCUAGUGUUUUACUUCAGGGGUCUGACCUGACCCCAUCAGAAUGGGAUCCUCUGUUGAGUUUGCCUGUUUGCUGCUGGUGGUUUCCACUCUGGGAAAGAACCACUUGGUGUCUGGGGGUUGUGCAGGGAAGUGCUGCCGGAGCAGAGACUUGAGCUGUCUGAACACUGACUGGAGGAUGGACCGCGUGUAUGGAACAUGCUACUGCGACAUGGGCUGCGUCAGGACCAAGGACUGCUGCUUCGACUACUUCACAGAGUGCCCAGCUCAGGACUGUGCUGUGAGCGACUGGAGCUUUUGGAGCGGCUGUGCCAAGCCCUGCCGGCCUUCAGUGCGAGUCCGUGUCCGUCACAUUGAGCAACAGCCCAGUAACAGCGGAGAGCCCUGUCCCAGCCUGGAGCAACAAGCCGGCUGCAGGGAGUACAGAGACCACCAGGGCCGCCACUGUGGACUCAACUCAGGCCCUGCAUUUAUCACCAGCAUGGAGUUUGGCAAGGGAAGGCCCAAGCAUGACAACUAUGGAAACCCCCUAGACCCGGGGUUCUGUGUGGAAUUCACACUGGAGUCCCGGACGCCCCACUGUACAGUGGAGAACCGGCCACACACACACUGGAUGCGCUACAUAACAGAAGGCUUUAAAGUGUGUGUGGUGUGUGAACCUCCUGCCAUGCGAAACAAUAGCGGCAGCUGCCAAGGAGACGGUCUGGAAUCAGAGAAAGAAGAUUUGCUCCACUGGCAGGCGGUGGGGAACCAUCAGUGCAGGGGGACAUGGAAGAAGAUCCAGAAAACCCAGCAGUGCAACUGUCCACCACAACACAGCUUUGUCUUUAUCUGAUCCAAACAAAGCACCACAGAACAUCGCCUGAUGUUCAGAAUACCCUUUUCACAGCCAAGCUCCCCUCAUCACUGAAAUAUUUUGUUCAGAUCAGACGCUUCACUACUGCAGGCUUUCAACACGAAGAAGAGACUUAAGACUCGAGACUUGACGGUGGUGCAAUGCAAAUAUAUCUCUAAUAAAUAUGCUACACAUUGAUUUAUAAGCAUGUUCAAAACACUGCAAUCACCAUGCACAUUUCCAUUGUUGUGUAACUUUGCAGCACAUGAUGUGAAGACAAUGUAACUUGUACAGUAUUUCAACUUUUUAGCACACAUUGAGUACCUAUCAAAGUUGAUUUUGUAUUUUUUUUAUUGUAACAAACUUUAUUCGUUUUUAAGCAAUUUUCAGGCAAUAAUAACCUUAAAUUAUAACAAUAUUCUAAAUUCUUUACAUGGGUGACCUAUCAAAGAGGCAACGCUAACAGCCCAGUUUAUUGUUCUGUGUUGAGUGCCCUCUGGUGGUAUUACUUUUCUUUUGGUGCAAACAGAGCAGCAGCAAAGCACAACACACCCACAACAUGAAGGAUCAAUUUCAACAGUUUAGCCAAUGGACGGAAAGGUUAAAUGAGUGAGGAAGCUAAUCCCUUGUUUCAUUCACAGGAUCGGCUACACUGUACAAGUUAGAGGGGCACACUUACAGAUUUUGUAAACUAUUAAAUGUAUCCUAUCAUAGAAGGCAAUGCAUAUACGUAGGCCAAUUAAUACUUCUGUGUUGAGUGCCCUCAAGUGGUCUCUAGCAGCAACACACUGAUAACCAAAAGCGAGAUCUUCAGCAAUUAAGCUAUGGGCUGAUAAGAGUUAAAUCCAUAUUUUAAACUCUCCAUCUUCAGCCUACUUUAUGUGACUUCAUUAGAACUCUCCAGCGGUCUUUGAGCAUGGUGCCAGUGCGUCCUUCAAAGUCAUAAUCCAUUAAUAUGUGAGACCACUUCCCCUGGCCGUGGUGUUUAACUCCAUCCUCGAGGUAUUUGUCCAGCUGGGGUGUCCAUUUCUAAACAAAGUAAAACAUAAGGAAUUAAAGGCAGAGUCCAGAAUCGCAUACUUUUUCUUUUUUACUUUUGGGACAUACUACUUCAUCAUAACAUUGCGCCUUCAACUUUGGCCCUCUUCCUCAUACUGUAUAUGCUGCGUAAAGGAUAAGCAUGCUGGCUUGCAUACUGCAAAAUUUGACCGGAUGCACUAGGAUGUUCUUGUAUUUUUGACAUAAUGCAUUUGACAUACUAUGUAUUUGGGACAACCUAAGUCUUUUGCUGGCAUACUAAAUAGUGUGGUAGUAUGGGUAUUGUAAUGCAGGGGAAAAUUCAGAAAUCCGAGCCCAAACCAAAGGUAGCAUUUGAGUGCUUCAUAUAUUCACUUGAUUUGGGAUUAAUUAACUGGACAUGAACUGUGUGGUUGAACUUACCUGUGGUGGUUUUCUUGUUUUUGUGAUCUUCGAGGUGUCCGUUGACUUCCGAGAUGUCAUCUGAGAUAACUCUGAUGGUGGGAGGUUUAACAUUCUCUUUAGCUUUUGUUCACACUCAGAAAUGUGUAUGAAAUACAAUGUGCUGGUGAAUGCAUUUCUACAUUUGAUAGAAAAUGAAAAUAUUGUUACAUCAGAUAAAAACAAAAUACUUUGUGUUGUGAACAGAAACAUCAAAGGCAGGGGAAAGAUAAAACUUACCAUUCUUGGAGAUUCUUCUGAGUGAGACAAAAGCCUUCUUGCAUGUAUCAGGUUUCCAUGCAUCCGUAAUUUUAGUCGACAGUAGUUUCCGUUUUGUCCUGUGUAGGUUUAAUAUAGUGUGAUGAAAUUAUUUGUUACCCACAUAAGGCCAAUAUCUAGUGUUUGCUGAAUUCCCACCUUUACCCAAACAGAGAAAGCAAAAGACACAUUCCAACACUCAUUUCUACUAACCUCAAACAUACUGUGUUCUUCUUUUUCCUGUUAGGACAUACAUGUAAAGUAUUUUGUUUAAUAAAGAACAGAAUUGGAUCAUGUGCAAUUCUCAAUAAAUACAACUGGGGACGUUA